CAUAUAUUGCCGCAAAAUUAUAAUUUUUUUUACUGUUACCAUGAUCCUUUAUGGAUAAUCAAACACAGAUGGUAACUGAUGCAAUUGCCAAACAGCGACGCCAACUCCCAUGAGAUUGGCGAUCUUUAAUAGUAUCUCAUCGGUGGAAACGAAUACGAUAGAAGAGAAUACGUUGGUCGAGUUAUAACACUUAUAACUGGAAGCUGCAGUACACUUAUGCGAAUAAUUGUCGCCACACAUGUGUAUACUUUCUCGUAACAAUUUCGAAAUUCAGCUUGAGCAGGAUCGGUGUGCGUGGUUCUCCAAACAGGGUCAAAUGAUAUCAUAAGAGCGUGGGAGUAAAUGGAGAGAUACGUGGUGUUACGAUGAAAGGCUCACUUCGGCCUAAAAGAGUGGAACAUCAAAUUAUUACCGUGCAACACAUUACCGUGAACUGGAUAAGAUUUUAUAGACAUGUAUAAAAUUAUCGUUGUUCUCUCUGUUAUUAUUUCUUUUACGCGAGGAGAAGAUUAUUAUGAGAUCCUUAAUGUAAGCAGAUCCGCUGAUCAGGAUGAAAUCCGCAGGGCUUUCAAGAAGCUAGCAAUCAUCCGUCAUCCUGACAAAAAUAUCAACGAUCCAAAUGCUCAUGAUAAAUUUGUCAAAUUAACAAAAGCCUAUGAGAUACUGAAGGAUACUGACUUGAGAAGAAAAUACGAUCUUUCUGGAGAAGAUGGUCUUAAUAACUAUCAUGGGAAACAAACCUAUCAUUCUUGGGGUUAUUAUCACAACAAUUUUGGCUUAUAUGACGAUGACAAAUAUGUCAUCAAUUUGAAAGAAAAUGAUUAUUACGGAAGUGUUAUUAACUCUGACUUAAACUGGUUUGUGAACUUCUAUUCGAUGAGAUGCGGCGCCUGUCAUCAGUUAGCACCGACUUGGAUGGAAGUUGCUAAGUUACUUAAUGGCAUCGUGAAAAUUGCAGCAGUUAACUGUGUGCUUGACAAGAGACUGUGUUACGAAGUAGGAAUCCGUGCUUAUCCUACAUUGCUCUAUUUCCAAAAGAAUUCACAGUAUGGAGUGCAGUACAAAGGUGAAUUGAGACAAGAGGCCAUUACGCGUUUUGCAAUUGAUCGACUAAAUAUUCACGUACCGGAAAUAAGUGAAUCUCAGUGGAAGGUAUUUAUACGCGGCAAGAAUAUCAUUCAGAGGCCUAUGUUAAUUUUUAUAUGUGACGAUCAACAGAAUUGUUUUACUCCCGAUGAGAGAAUUAAAGUAGCGGCUACAUUUGAUAAGGUAAUUAAUGUAAAAGUGUUUACAUGCCAAAAUGACAAGAUAUCUUAUAACACACACGUUGUAUAUCUACCGAUGCAUAAUGCAUCUUCUUGGGAGCCUAUAUUCCUUGAUAAUAUUUAUGAUAUAAAUACAUUGAUAGAAAAGCUCAUAGAUCUCUUGCCCGGUCCACAAGAGCUAUCUGACAGUGAUUUUGAACAUAUUAGGGAAAUGAAGUCCCUGGCUUCUAACGUCGCCUGGCUUAUAUGCUUUUACAUUGGCGAUGCUCUUACAUCGAAUUUGCGAGAUUUGAACUUAGAAAUGAAGAAGUUUUCGAUCAGUCAUAUUAACCUAGGUAAAAUAAAUUGUGGCAGAAACGGGCGACUUUGUUCUAAAUUGGGAAUAAAUCGUUAUCCAAUGUGGGGUAUGCUUAAGCCUGGUGGAGCAUUUGAAUUGAAUCACAGAGCGGACACGAACAGUGAUAUCAUUAAAUUUGUGCAAAUUAGUGUGAAAACUACAAACGUUUGGAGCCUCUCUGCGGAAGAAGUGUUAUCGAUAUUACAAAGGAACAACGGAGAUGAAGUGUGGUUUCUAGAUUGGUUUACACCGUGGUGUCCACCUUGUAUGGAAUUUCUGUCAGAACUCCGGAGGGCAUCGCUAGAAUUUGAUGCGUCAAUAAUUCGUUUUGGUACCAUUGAUUGUACCGUUCACAGUACACUAUGCCGACAAUACAACAUACAGUAUUAUCCCACUGUAAUGCUCAUAAAUGGCAGCAAUACAUACCAGUUUACAUUACCAAAAACAGCUGAGAAUGUCGUCCAAUUCAUUAACGAGAAAAGAAACCCUUCAGUUAUAGAAUUAACAACGAAAAAUUUUCACAAGUUGAGGAAUAAGAAGAAUAAAGACAUAUGGAUCGUUGAUUAUUUUGUUCCAUGGUGUGGAGCGUGUAAAAAAUUGGCACCUAUAUGGAUAGCCGUUGCAAAAUCGCUGAGCGCCUUGCCAUUUGUAAAUGUUGCUAGUGUAAAUUGCGAGGUUGAGACUUCCUUAUGCAAAUCCCAAGGAGUGCGUUCUUAUCCUGAUAUUAGAAUGUAUCCAUUAGGAAGCGAAGGUCUAAAUACAGUCGCCUUCUACGGACCACGAAAUGGUAUUGGCCAUAUUAAUAUAGAUAUAGUAUCUGUAUUAACAUGGAUAACGUCAUUCUUUCCAAAGAAGAUCCAUGAUUUAAAUUUUUCUGACUGUCAGAAGCUAUUGGAUAACAAGCAUAUGUGGAUCGUCUUUUUCUAUUCGCCAUAUUGUCAACAUUGUCAAAAAAUGGAACUUGAGCUUGAAAUUGCUGCUCAGUUGUUGCAGAAAGUGAAAUUUGGAAAAAUUGACUGUUCCCCCUAUAUGCACGAAUGCAAACAACAUAUAAAACAAAGUAAACAACAAUCUAUGUAUACAGAAUACUUUCCGACGCUAAUAUUGUAUAAUUCAAAGCAAAAGAAAAAUAAGCACGAAGGUGUCGAAAUUGUUGCGAAGACAGCCAAGGCAAUCAGAGAUGAAAUUUUAGAGAUUAUUAAUACUCGCACGAAAUCAUUCCACGACGAACUAUAAUAGAGAAAGUGCCUAAAUUGAAUUUAAGGCUUUUAUUUUAUCAUUGCAGUGAUGUGUGAUCGCUUUCUUUGCAAUAUACAACGUUAUUAUUGCAGUCAUGUAUGAAAAAAAAUUAUAAAUAGCGCACAUCACAGAAAUACAUUAAGGGGUCAUCACGCUUUUGACAAGAGACAAAGGAUUCGGAAGAUAGAUUUGUAAAAUACUGCAUUAUAUAUGUAUAUCCUUCAUUGAUAAAAGAAUGCAUAUAAUUCGAUCUUAUAUAUUUUUAACACGCUUAAUAAUAAACAUAUGGAAUGACAGGUGAUUAAUUAUAAUUAAUAAUUAACUAUAUAAGAUCGAAUUAUAUGCAUUCCUUUGAUCUAUCAUUCUAUGUUUAUAUUAGGUGUGUUAGAAAUGUAAAUUUAAAUUAUAUGCAUUCCUUUAUCAUCAAUGUAGAAUAUAUAUAAUACAUUAUUUUACAAAUCUAUCUUCCGAGGCCUUUUGUCAGAAGCGUGGUGACCCCUCAUCGUAUUUCUAUGGUGUGUGCUAUUUUAUACAAUUUACACAAAUAUACAGAAUCUACAGUUUUAAUAUCGGUUCCGAACGACCUAAUUUAGAGAGGUUUUCAUGGGAUGAUAUAUUCUCAGUGGAUUGCCGUUGCGAUUACAAAUUUUUACUAUCAAAAAUUAAUUUAUUUCAAUGUAGAUAUAAGAAAGAAAAUUUAUAUGAUCUCUGCUAAUUUAUGGUACAUCAUCUGAUAUCGUAAUUUUGUUCAAUCGCUGCAACGAUAUAUGAAACAGGAGUCGUACAAAACGAAAGUAAUGUACUUAUCUGUAAAUGAUAUAUUGCUCGAUCGCAAGUGGUGUCUGUCGUUUACCAUGAUAUGUUCCACGACGCUUCCAAAAGGAACAAAGAAGAAAACUUAGACUAGAUAUAAAUACUUUUAGUCCUGUUGUGAUACUUUUAUACAUUUUUUUAUGUACAUAACAAUUAAUAAAAUGUCUGAGAACAAAAUAAUAAGACCUGAAAUCUCAAUUAUCAUAUUAAAGAUUUAAUCACGAAACUCUUUUUUUCGAAUACUUAUCGGAGGUUUUGUUUGUACAGUAAGAAACACGAAUAUCAUAAAUUUCAUUUAUUAACAUGAGAUAAACUAAAUUGCUCUUAUUUUUUAAUAUUAUUGGUAUUUUUAAGAUGUUAAAAAAUAAGUUUCUGCGGUGUUCUCUUUUUAUAAACGCAUUACAACUCGAUGGAAUGAGUUCUUUCUAAAAAUAGUGUUCGUAAAUAUAACUAUUACACAAAUAUAAGAGUUGAUAUAGAGAUAAAUAUAUUCUAUAAAAAACGCUGGACCAUUACGAUUCCGUGCGUGUUUGUUGUUGUUAUUUAAAUGCAAUAUAUAUCCAAAUAUUUUAUAUAUAAAAUAUUUUACAUUUUACACAUAUAGAUAUUUAAAACUAUUUGUAGAGUUUCAAAACUUAAAAACAUAGAAAUGAGGAGAAUAUAGAAUGUUAAAAGUAUCUAAAUGUGCCGGUGCUUCUUUUCAUAAGUUUUACGAAUAUACUUUCUGAUAUCACAUAAAAUCGCGGCAUGCGAAGGCAGUGCUAAUAGAAAAAUGCAAUUGAGAAUUCAACAAAGUAAUAUUAUAGCCGUUUUUACAGCGUAUAUAAUUAAAGAACAAUAAAUACAUAACUUCUGUAACAUCAGGUUCGUUGAAACAGGAUUCAUGGAACAAAAAAGCUUUUCAAUAUCAAAAGUAUUAAUCAAAAGUAUUAAAAAUUGCCAAUAUAAAUUAUUUUAGCUUCUUAAUAUUGCAAUUUAUGUGCAAUUUUUAUUUGUAACAUUAUAUUUUUGGUCGAUGUCGCAGAAGAGACGAAACCUAACAGUUACGGAAUAUCAUAAUUCCGCAAUGGAUUUGCAAUAAACAUAGACUGCAUUAAAUUAAUUUAAAUAAUUAAAAUUUUUUAACAUAUAUUGCAUAUUGCUAUCUAUAGGUAAAUAAUAGUGAAAGAAAUUGUAUUUUUGUUAAAACAUCGAAAGUUUUUAAGAAUAUUUUGGUCAAGUUGAUUAAGUUCUAUUUCUAUAGAGCUUAAAGACUACUAUUAAUACAUAAAUUCGUUCAACUAUUUAAAUAAAAAUAAAUUGUUACAGUUUAGGUUGUUCUCGUUUUGAAAUAUGCAAAAUCUAUAUUUUUAAUCCAGUCUUUUAUCUUUUUUUAUAUUUUCACAUAAUCUAUCUUCGAUUUAUUUUUUCUUUUUGUAUAGAAUAUUCUAAAAAAGCUUAAUUUUUACAACUUUAAAAACAUAGUCGAUUAACUCUAAGUAGAAAAUAAAUGUAUCGGUUUCAAUAAUUUGUGUUAUUUCGUUCGAUUUUUGGUCACAAAGUAUUUUCAAAAAUUUUAACUUCAUAUAAGCUUAUUGCAUCUCCGGAGAGAACAUAUUUUUAAAAUUAGAGCGCAUCUCUCGAAAAUAUUGUGUAUAUCUCUUUCUUAAAAAAAAAUCUAUUUGCUGCUCUUACAAUACCUCAAUGCAGUCUCACAUUCAUUAAUCAGCGACAUUUUGUGUAAUUCAGGACACACGCAUGCAUACAAAAAGAAUUUCGAAGUUAUAAAGCAAAAAUAUAAAUAUAAUUUCAAGAUUUUUAUAUCGAUAUAACAACUUGAUAUAUCUUAAGG